CCGGCCCUUACUGGAUCAAGUCAUCGGUCGGCCAAGGACGCUUGUUAAAGCCCGACGGGAGGAGGUACCGUACCCUCGAAUCAAAUUCUGGCCGCCUCUUCCGCGACAAGAAUCUCACCUUCCAACUCCAAGCCCAGUCUUUCUCCCCCUUCUUCCUCCUCCUCCUCCCUUCUUCGACUUCCAAUCUUCUAGGUCGUCUUCCAUUCUCUUCCGGACUGAACCUUAUUCUUGUUUGACUCAGCCACCAUCGCCUGCCUUCACUGGCACUAAUCAACCCAGGUUUCUUCGAUACACCGAAGACUGCCUGUUACGCAUCGCCCCCCUGUCGUUGACGCCAUCGCCUCAUCUUUCGACACCGCCGACCGCGGCAGAACCCAACUCGCCCUUCUCUCAACAUGGGCGCCGGUGCCUUUCUUGAGCCACUGGUCGUGGUGACCCUUCUUUUCGGAGGCGCCUACUUCAAUCGCAACAAGGACUACAGCUUUAAGGACGGCAAGACCACCGCUGCUGGCUGGGGUCCCGACGCGACCCAUCACAAGAAGCACGAUGACCUCCACCCCAGCCGCAGCGGCUCGCCAGAGGGCUGGAGCUCGAGCUCCUCGCCUUCUCUCCUCGCCCACGAUAUCUCGAGCCACAGACGUCGCCGCGUCAAGGCCUUUGGCUACGAGAAAUUCGUCACCACCCCCAAUACCUUGAUCUUCAAGGACCGCUUCCUGAGCCGCGUGCUCCAAAAGUUCCCCUUCCUGGCCGAGUGCUGGUAUUGGGCUCUCCUCUACUGGGUCUACCAGGUCGGUCGCGCCUUUACCGCCCUCACACUCGUCGAGGGCACCGUCGACGUCGCGCGCAGGCACGCGCUGCAGCUCAUCCACCUCGAGCAGAGACUGCACAUCUUCUGGGAGAUUGGCUUCCAGCAGUGGUUCCUCGAGCACCCGACCUUGCUGCACUGGAUCAACCGCACCUACUCCUUCAUCCACAUCCCAGGCACCAUCUUCUUCCUCGUCAUCCUCUACUACCUCACCACCACCCGCAAGCGCCGUGUCAUGUCUGGCCGCGUCAACUCUGACAAUGUGUCCGCUGGCCCUGCCUUGUACGAGGCCCGCCGCCGCACCAUGGCCAUGUGCAAUCUGAUUGCCUUUGUCAUCUUCACCCUGUGGCCCUGCAUGCCUCCCCGUCUCCUGAGCGACCCCAACUACAAGGGCGAGAACGCCGAGGAGGCCAAGAGCUUUGGCUUCGUGGACACCGUCCACAGCAAGACCGGCGAGAGCAGUGUCUGGACCACCAACAAGUUCUGCAACCAAUACGCCGCCAUGCCCUCGCUGCACUUUGGCUACUCGCUUCUCAUCGGUCUCACCGUGGCCACCCUGCCCAUCAACGGACUUCGUCCCACCUCCUGGAAGCGCAUCGCCAUUGUCGUCGGUGGCAUGUGCUACCCUGCGCUCAUCCUGACCGCCAUUGUCGCCACAGCCAACCACUUCAUCCUCGAUGCCGUCGCCGGCGCCAUUGUCUGCGCGAUUGCCUGGAACACCAACGACCUGCUCCUCAACCUCUGCGUCCUCGAGGACUACUUCCUUUGGGUGCUCCGCAUGCACAAGCCCGUCAACUACACCGACCCUGAGACAGCGGUGGACCCCGAUGUGCAGAGCUCGCUGCUGCUGGGCGAGGAAGCCGCCUAAUUUCCUUCGCUGCUCAUUGUCGUCAAGGGAGGACGGAAUCAUGAACCAGAUCGUAUACAUCACGCGCAUAUCAUAUCAUGGCCUUUUUUGUUUUUUGGAUACUUGGGGUCCUUGGUUAGAAUUCCCGGGAUCAGCGGGCCACGCUUGUAUAAAUGGCUGUCAAUGCAGGGCGUUUGGGAACUGCGGAGGUAAUGACCAGUAAGAUUCACUCCUGGGACCUGUAGAUUCAUUUUGGAAAAUUGCAUACAGUAAUAACGCUCUUCUCAUACCUCUUCACUGCACGGGUGCGGACUACUGACGAUCAGAGGCCCUGGUGGCUUCUGGGCU